ACAGGACGUAAUGAGCGAGUACGAACGAAUCAAGCGUUCGUGCUUGAAACGAGGUGAAUUAUGGGAAGACCCAGAAUUUCCAGCGACACAAACGUCGGUCUUCUACCAUCAAACACCUCCGUUUCAAUUUCAAUGGAAGAGACCAAAGGAAUUAUGCAACCGUCCGAUAUUCGUCAGCGACACACCAGGCCAGUUCGACGUAAUCCUAGGAAAAAUGGGUGACAAGUGGCUGAUUUCCUGCCUGGGCGUGCUUCACCUGAGCAAAGGGCUGUUCUACAGGGUGGUACCUGCGGAUCAAGGAUUCGGGAACUGCGGAGAACCACCCGGGUCACCGACAGCUGAGUACGCCGGGGUCUUCAGGUUCCGGUUGUGGUGGUGCGGAGCAUGGGUCGAAGUUCUCGUCGACGACAGGCUACCAGCGAUUCACGGACGGCUGGCUUUCAUGCAAAGUCGUCACAGUGAUCAAUUCUGGCCGGCUCUUCUGGAGAAAGCGUACGCCAAACUGCAUGGCUCCUACGAGGCACUCAAGUAUGGAACUCUUUUGGACGGUCUGUCUGAUCUUACCGGAGGUAUCACAGAGAGCAUCGCGAUACGCCAGGACCCUACAGCUUGUGGUCGGGUCCUCGCGAAACUCCUCGAUAUGACGUCCCUCAUCACUUGCACUGUAAAUAACAAUCAACAGCAAAUUCGUUCAAGUACUGAGAAGCUUGCCAAUGGUAUUCAAAUGGGGAUCAACUACAGGCUGUACGCUAUCGAGAGGGUGGAAACAUUCAACGGCGAAGCAGUUCAGUUAGUAAAAUUAAGAAAUCCUCUUGGACCUGGUAGGGAGUAUGUCGGCGCUUGGGCGAGAGGUGGCCUUGAAUGGGAUGAAGUACCACCGAUGGAAAGGGAUCGUUUAGCGGUCAGAAACAUGGCCGAGGGGGAAUUCUGGAUAUCGUAUUCGGAUUUCGUGAAGACGUUCACUCAUUUAGAAGUCGUACAUCUUGAUGCUGAAACGUCGAGGGAUGAGCCAUCGUUGCAUAGCAAACAUACCUGGCAAAUGAAACUCUAUCAAGGUAGCUGGAGGAGGGGUGUAACCGCGGGAGGAUGUCGAAACAAUGAAGAAACUUUCCAUAUUAAUCCACAAUUACACUUGAUUCUAAGUGAAAUGGAGGAAGUAAUUGUUUCUUUGUAUCAACAUUCUAUCAUGGAGAUAAAGGUCAUAGGCUUUACAGCUUACACCGUGCCAAAGAACAGCACAGAGUCGAUAAACAAACAGUUUUUCAAAAAGAACAAAUCUCUGGUAAAUUCGCAGUAUACGAACAGUCGCCAAGUGAGCCACAGAUGUCAAUUAGAUCAGGGUGGUUACUUGUUAGUACCUACUACCUUUGAACCUACCCAAGAAACGAGUUUUACGUUGCGAGUUUAUAGUAGUAAACCUCUAAAACUCAAACUUCUCGAUACACCGCCAUCACUAGUGAAGUCGGCUAUUAUCAAAGCACCACCCCUCGAAGGCAAAGGUUUCUCGCAAUAUGAAGCUGUCUUUUUGCAACUUGCCGACGAACACAGGACAGUAAAUGCUUUUGAAUUGCAAGAACUUCUAGAGGCUUGUUUACCGAACGAUUAUAUAAAAAGUUGUGCCUGUAUGGAAGUAUGUCGACAAGUAGUUCUUACGAUGGAUAGUUCCGGAAGCGGUCGAUUAAAGUUUAAUGAUUUUAAGGAUCUCAUGUGUAGUUUAAAAUACUGGCAAGCUGCGUUCAAGAAUCACACGAAGGAAAAGACCGGUAUACUUAAAGCGGAACGAUUACGAGACGCGUUACUAGAAGUGGGGUUCCAAUUAAAUACGGAUGUACUUUCAAUUUUAAUUCUUCGAUACAUGAGAAAGGAUGGAACACUCAGAUUUGGCGAUUUCGUUUCGGCAAUAUUGCACUUAAGUGAUGCAUUUGGAAUAUUCGAAAGUAAAGAUCCUUUGCAAAAUGGAACCAUAAAGUUAAGCUUAACCGAGUGGCUCAGAUCAUCUCUAAUGUGCUGAAUUCAUUACUUAACGUAAUGUGUGUACCUUAAAAUAUUUGUAAAUAAUGUUUU